AUGUCCUUAUUGGUGCAUUUGUUUCUUGCCAAGUCGAGUGUCAAUCUGGUACAGUACAGUACAAUCACGGCCUUCACCGAGGAUUUUAAUUACCCGACCACACCCAGCAGAAAGGGUGCUGAAUAUAGGAAGUUGUGGGGAAAGGUGAAGUCUUUGGAGCCCUUGCAGCCCUUUGCAAUACCAAGAAGCACAUACCCUGCUCCAAAUGAGUUGAACAAUGGUUUCAUUUAUGCUAAGGUUUCUGGUGGCUUUGACAAGAUUAGAACCUCGAUCUGCGAUUUGGUCACUGUGUCAAGGCUCCUAAAUGCUACCCUUGUUAUACCUGAGAUUCAAGAAAGUACACAAUCGAAAGGCAUCAGUUCCAAGUUCAAGAGUUUUUCGUAUCUUUAUAAUGAAAAGCAAUUUAUAGCAGCUUUAACAAAUGAUGUGACCGUCGUACAUGACCUACCAUUUGGCUUUAAGGAGGCCAGGAAGCGCAAGCAGUUUCCAAUUUUCAAACCAAAAAGUUCUGCUUCUCCCAGUUUUUACUUUCAGGAAGUUUUGCCAAAAUUAAAGAAAGCAAAGGUCAUUGGCUUACUAACUGAUGGAGGAUGCUUACAGUCUGUCCUUCCACCGAGCUUGGCUGAGUAUCAGAGGCUCAGAUGUCGAGUUGCAUUUCAUGCACUUCGUUUCCGCCAAGAAAUUAUUGCGCUUGGGCAUCAGAUGGUAGAAAGGUUGCGAGGUUCUGGUCAACCCUAUCUAGCUUAUCACCCUGGUCUGGAGAGGGAUUCCCUAGCAUAUCAUGGUUGUGCCGAACUUUUUCAGGAUGUGCACACAGAACUUAUACAAUAUCGACGGGCACAGAUGAUCAAAAAAGGAAUUAUAAAUGAAAAACUGCAUGUAGAUUCACACGCUCGAAAAGGAAACGGAUCAUGCUCAUUUAUGCCAGAAGAGGUUGGACUUUUCCUUCGAGCUAUGGGUUAUCCUCCUAGAACACGAAUAUACUUGGCAGGUUCUGAAAUAUUUGGUGGUCAAAGGGUUCUGAUUCCUUUACGUGCCAUGUACACCAACUUAGUGGACCGUACUUCUUUGUGCAGUAAACAAGAUCUGGCCAAUGUGUUCGGCCCAGAAACUCAACUUCCUCUCUAUUCUUUUGAAUUUCCACCAACAAAAAGUGCCAAACAACUGAAAGAAGAAUGGGAAAAGGCUGGCCCUCGUCCCAGGCCUCUUCCUCCUCCUCCGGGCCGGCCUUUAUACCGACAUGAAAAAGAAGGUUGGUAUGGCUGGAUUGCUGAGAAGGAUAAGGAGCCAGAGCCCUCGCCCAAUGAUUUGAGAGCCCGAGCGCACCGUUUACUGUCCGAUGCUCUGGAUUAUAUUGUCUCUGUAGAAGCUGAUGCAUUCUUUCCUGGUUUUAACGAUGAUAGCAGAUCGUCAGACUUUUCCAGCUUGGUUAUGGGACACCGUCUCUAUGAGAUGGCAUCUAGCAGAACAUAUCGACCUAACAGGGAAUUUCUUGUUAAACUCUUGAAUACUACCGGCAAUAAUCUUUACCGUCCUCCACAUCCACACAAUUGGACCUUCUCCGUAAGAGAGCAUCUUAACAAAAGUGCAGCCGAGGAGGGCGUUAUGCGGGAAUUUCAUCUAUCAAGACCGAAUUCUUUCCUUUCUCACCCCAUCCCCGAAUGCUCAUGUACAACUGUCAAGACUGACGAGAUCCCACAUUCACAGAAGGACAGUGACAUCCAUAUUCUGUAUGGGCAACUAGAAAAGUGCCCCAAAUGGAUCGAGCAAGGUCUGACAGCAGCCGGAUCACAAGAGAACAUUGCUUAUGAGACUGAUACGCUAGAUGAUGAACCGGAUCUGUUACAACUGGAAUCGGAUGGAAAUAACGAAGUUGACACCAUCCCUUCCUUGGAACAGGACGAGGAAAUGGAUCCCAACGAUUAA